CAAGAUCAAUUCGGAUUGGCUCUGGUUCGUUUAGAAAAAUGUUUCGGGGGGACUAUAUGUGGAGCAAUUCGGCAUAAAUUGAUACCGACACCUCAGAAUUUGGUAACCUCACCUCCAUUAACAACUACUUAUGAAUCCUUUUUCGGUUUACACCCAUUAUCUCAAGUUUUGGAUCGAACUAAUCCAUUGACCCAAAUAGUUCAUGGGAGAAAAUUAAGUUAUUUGGGCCCUGGAGGACUGACAGGCCGCACUGCCAGUUUUCGGAUACGAGAUAUCCAUCCUAGUCACUAUGGACGUAUUUGCCCAAUUGACACAUCUGAAGGAAUCAAUGUUGGACUUAUUGGAUCCUUAUCAAUUCAUGCGAGGAUUGGUCAUUGGGGAUCUCUAGAAAGCCCUUUUUAUGAAAUUUCUGAGAGGUCAACCGGGGUACGGAUGCUUUAUUUAUCACCAGGUAGCGAUGAAUACUAUAUGGUAGCGGCAGGAAAUUCUUUAGCCUUAAAUCGGGAUAUUCAGGAAGAACAGGUUGUUCCAGCUAGAUACCGUCAAGAAUUCUUGACUAUUGCAUGGGAACAGGUUCAUCUUCGAAGUAUUUUUCCUUUUCAAUAUUUUUCUAUUGGAGCUUCCCUCAUUCCUUUUAUCGAACAUAAUGAUGCGAAUCGAGCUUUAAUGAGUUCUAAUAUGCAACGUCAAGCAGUUCCUCUUUCUCGCUCCGAGAAAUGCAUUGUUGGGACUGGGUUGGAACGACAAGCAGCUCUAGAUUCGGGGGCUCUUGCUAUAGCCGAACGCGAGGGAAGGGUCGUUUAUACCAAUACUGACAAGAUUCUUUUAGCAGGUAAUGGAGAUAUUCUAAGCAUUCCAUUAGUUAUAUAUCAACGUUCCAAUAAAAAUACUUGUAUGCAUCAAAAACUCCGGGUUCCUCGGGGUAAAUGCAUUAAAAAGGGACAAAUUUUAGCGGAUGGUGCUGCUACGGUUGGUGGCGAACUUGCUUUGGGGAAAAACGUAUUAGUAGCUUAUAUGCCGUGGGAGGGUUACAAUUUUGAAGAUGCAGUACUUAUUAGCGAGCGUUUGGUAUAUGAAGAUAUUUAUACUUCUUUUCACAUACGGAAAUAUGAAAUUCAUACUCAUGUGACAAGUCAAGGCCCUGAAAAAGUAACUAAUGAAAUACCGCAUUUAGAAGCCCAUUUACUCCGCAAUUUAGACAAAAAAGGAAUUGUGAUGCUGGGAUCUUGGGUAGAGACGGGUGAUAUUUUAGUAGGUAAAUUAACACCCCAAGUCGUGAAAGAAUCUUCGUAUGCCCCGGAAGAUAGAUUGUUACGAGCUAUACUUGGUAUUCAGGUAUCUACUUCAAAAGAAACUUGUCUAAAAUUACCUAUAGGUGGCAGGGGUCGGGUUAUUGAUGUGAGGUGGAUCCAGAAAAGGGGUGGUUCUAGUUAUAAUCCCGAAACGAUUCGUGUAUAUAUUUCACAGAAACGUGAAAUCAAAGUAGGCGAUAAAGUAGCUGGAAGACACGGAAAUAAAGGUAUCAUUUCCAAAAUUUUGCCUAGACAAGAUAUGCCUUAUUUACAAGAUGGAAGAUCCGUUGAUAUGGUCUUUAACCCAUUAGGAGUACCUUCACGAAUGAAUGUCGGACAGAUAUUUGAAUGUUCACUAGGGUUAGCAGGGAGUCUGCUAGACAGACAUUAUCGAAUAGCACCUUUUGAUGAGAGAUAUGAACAAGAAGCUUCGAGAAAACUAGUGUUUUCUGAAUUAUAUGAAGCCAGUAAGCAAACAGCGAAUCCAUGGGUAUUUGAACCCGAAUAUCCAGGAAAAAGCAGAAUAUUUGAUGGAAGGACGGGGAAUCCUUUUGAACAACCCGUUAUAAUAGGAAAGCCUUAUAUCUUGAAAUUAAUUCAUCAAGUUGAUGAUAAAAUCCAUGGCCGUUCCAGUGGACAUUAUGCGCUUGUUACACAACAACCCCUUAGAGGAAGAGCCAAACAGGGGGGACAGCGGGUAGGAGAAAUGGAGGUUUGGGCUCUAGAAGGGUUUGGGGUUGCUCAUAUUUUACAAGAGAUGCUUACUUAUAAAUCGGAUCAUAUUAGAGCUCGCCAGGAAGUACUUGGUACUACAAUCAUUGGGGGAACAAUACCUAAUCCCGAAGAUGCUCCAGAAUCUUUUCGAUUGCUCGUUCGAGAACUACGAUCUUUAGCUCUGGAACUGAAUCAUUUCCUUGUAUCUGAGAAGAACUUCCAGAUUAAUAGGAAGGAAGCUUAAUCGGAAUGAAUAAUAAUUUUUCUUCUAUGAUUGAUCGAUAUAAACAUCAACAGCUCCGAAUUGGAUCAGUUUCUCCUCAACAAAUAAGUGCUUGGGCCACAAAAAUCCUGCCUAAUGGAGAGAUAGUUGGAGAGGUAACAAAACCCUAUACUUUUCAUUACAAAACAAAUAAACCGGAAAAAGAUGGAUUAUUUUGUGAAAGAAUUUUUGGUCCUAUAAAAAGCGGAAUUUGUGCUUGUGGAAAUUAUCGAGUAAUCGGAGAUGAAAAAGAAGACCCGAAAUUUUGUGAACA